UGUGGACACACAAGAAAUUGCAAACAAAACGUGCCUUCGCGAGCACCAGCGGAAAAUCAUCCGUGGUGACUUUGUGUAGCACUUUGAGAUGAUGGAUUUUCAACUUUCGUUUUGUACCAAGCAAGUGUUCACCAAGAAGAUUUUGUGAUUUGGUUUGGUUCAGUGGUACUUAUAAUAUGUACUUUUUUCUUCAUUGAGACGGGACGCCACCAGUAUGGCAGGGUGGCGCCCUAGAGGUGUUGGCCGACGUCGCGGCGCGUCCGAGCGAGUGUGCGAUCCUCAGUAGCCGUGGACGCAAUACCCCACGAUUCUGUUUGCAAAAGCGCGUAAUCGUCACGAAAUGAGACGAUUUGUUUAGUGGGUUCGCUUUAUUUGGCGUUCGUUUGAGCAUCGCGGCCCAGAAGCUCUGGCAGUCAACCUUGCUACAUCAGUAUUCGAUCCACCUCCUAUUGAUACUACCCACUACCUAGAAGUUCGACGUAUUGUGAGGGACGAUACGCGGCACACGAUAUAGAUUUUGGUCCAGAACUGUAGACGACGCACAACAGAAUAUCGGCAACCAGGCUGAAAAAGUAGCCUAGACAGACGUGGAGGGCUCUUCACAUUGGAUCGCAUUUCGACCAAGCAGCAGACAAAUCGAGUGCUAGAGCGCCGAAGAAGGAGCAGAGCUGUCGUACACUGACUUGGAUCGGGAUUCGGAGAGAGUUCGAACGAAUCAACCAGGCAUUCAAGAACUACAUCUUCUAGAAGCCAGAGCCUAGUACAAUUUACUGAUCUUUGAGUACAGUAGACCAUCAAAAGCACGCGAAGAUGGCGACGCAAGCGCAGAUCGAGCGGGAGACGCAAGCGCUCAUCGCUGCGAUGACGGAGGACCAAUUGAUGCAAUAUGGAGAAGAAAACGAGACAAGAGGAAGUAAUCAAAUUACUUAAAUCAGAUUUUAGUAUUGUCUGGAGGAAACAUCAAAUGCAGCAAUGUCAUUUGUAGAUCAUGACUUUCAAGAGAGCUGUGUCUGCUAGGUCUUGCGUUUCCAAGCUUCCUCUACUUUCUUUGAUUCCGAAAAUUUUCAACACGACAGAUCUUUCUUUCAAGCCUGCGACGAAUGCGCUGCCAAACACGGAGCGCACGGCCGAUCUCAAGCGGCAGAAAAUCGCGUUGGUCCGAAGAAAGCGUCAGGAGGUCGAGGAUGAGAGGAAGCGCAAGGAGCAGGAAGAAGCGCAGAAGCGAAUAAAGGUGAGUCUAUUUUUACUAGAGACUCACGACAUGAUGUUAAGUCGAGAGACCUCUGCUUUGUUGUAAUUUAGAAUGGAAUUCCAACUUUGUUCUGCUUCACAUAUAUCAGGAGCAAGAGGCAAAGAAAUUGAAAGCAGAGCAAGAGAGGCGGCGAAAAGAGGAGGAGAGGAGACGGAGAGAGGAAGAGGAGCAGCGGGCUAAGAUGGAAGGCGGGCUGGAUCAAUUGAUGGGUCACUUGAUUGGCAAUACCAGCGUUCCGAAUGUCAGCGUGGCAGGUACGCCAAUUCUGUAGACUAACACAGAUAGAAGAUGUGAAAACCAUGUUGGCACUAGAAAUACGAAGGAGAAGCCUUCGUUGAUAAGAUCUCGUUCUGGUACGAGGAGAUGGAGAAGGGAGUAGUGGUAGAGGAGAUGCUAUAAUAGAAAAAGAAGAAAAACGAGGAGAGUAAUACAAGUCAACGCGAGUCUCGAUUAAGUCUUUCGUCUGUCUAACAAGUAAUCAGCAACAUCACUUAAGUGCACCAGGUAUCGAGCUGGGAAGUGUGAGAUUGAGGCUUUUAGCGCAGGCGAUGGAGGACAAUCUUUCCUGUGAAACUAUAGACCUGUCCCGGAAAGGUCUCAACGAUGAAGGUACUUGAGAUUUUCAUGAAGACAAAGGAGACUCAUGAUUAAGGAGCAAAAGAAUCGGUGCUGCCUUCUUUAAGCAACGCACAGGACGUUUUGCGAAACAGGUCAAUAGUCUGUGGCAAAAUCCCGUGGAACAAAAAUCAUUUUUCAUUUGUCUCCACCGUGGUAGAGGACUCAAGUUGUGAAUGGUGUAGAAACAUUCAUCACUUUUAUUCUCCACUUCUCCAUCUCACCAAAGACGGCGUCACGAUCGGGAAGAUGCUGGCAAAGAAUAAGGCACUAACAAAGAUGGACCUCGAAGGUAACAUGCUCGGACCAAAGGCAGCCCACGCUUUCGCCGAGGCAUUGAAAGUCAACGAGACGAUAAAGUACUAACAAAACUCUUGAUUCAAGAACAGUUGAUCUGCUAGUGCGUCACUCUUUUGAUGAAACAAAUGUUGGAAGCAAUCGUGACACCAUCUUUGACGAUACUUACAAUGAUUCCAAAUAACAAUUCAGUUGCACAAGAAAUCUAAACUAGAUAAGUACUUGAUUGGUUUUCUUCUUUUUCUAGCUAGGGUUCCACUGGAUCUAGUCAUCGUGAGAUUGUCCCAUUAUUGAAGGUGUCUGAAUCUAGAGGCCAACAGUAUGGGUGGAGACGAUGAGAGCGGUAUCGUAGCGCUAGCGCAAUCACUGAAAAAGAACCAGGACUUGCAAAUUUUGGCAUUAGGCAAAAAUAACCUUGGGGGUAGCGCAGGAGAGGCGUUUCGUACAUACUACACCUGAUUCGGAUUUCAGAAGAGAGAUCCAUCAACAAAUUUCAGAGUAGCAUGUAAAUCCCGUGGUAACUCCUAGUCUAUCUUUGAAGAUGCUACCAGGUGUCUCACCAUUUCAAAAAAAGAAUACAAUAGCGUCAACAUCACCCGUCCUCCAUGGAGUAUGCUGCAUGUAGAACAAGUCACAACCUGAACUGCAGAUGAUGCUCUCGACAAGAACAAAGUGCUGACGCAGCUGGAAUUGUCGUACAACGAUAUUCCAAGCACAGUCCAAGCUGCUAUCGAGGUGAAGAUGUCCAAGAAUAGAGACUUGGCAAGUCAGUUGCGACGGCAAGAACGGCGUGAGAAAUUUCAGAUGUACGCCGAAGAAUAUCAAUCAAGACAAUUCAUGAUGCAGGUACUCACCAACACAUAUUCAUAGUAUUCCUUUUCUUGACUGGGGAUAUCGUGCCGGUGUUGAUGUUGAACGACGCGGGAAUUUAUUUUCUCCAACUACAAUUAUUUCAAGUACAGGGGCGGUACAUGUACGUCAUUUCAUUUCCAACGUCGAUGAAUUCUACUUUGUAACCGUUUUUUUCCUCGUAAUCUGCACCACACUGCAGGUGGAGGCAAUGCGACUGGAGAUGGAAGCCGUGCAGGAACGAAGACUUGCGAGACUUAGGGAACGCCUCGUUAAGUGGAACAUACAGUCACAAAAAGAAACCAAGGACCUCGAAGACCUACUCGAAGAUCUGAUGGUCGAAUACGAAGAACGAAAGGCAGCGCGAAAAGGAAAGAAGGGGAAGAAAGGCAAGAAGUAGCAAGGGUGUACGAGUAAUUUUCAACGGGACGCAAUCCUCGGCAUCUGUCACUUUUAUUCGUGCUUUUUCCCUUACCUCUUUCUUCCAUCAGGAAGUACUCCCGUUCCCGUAAGUUAUUCCCAUAUUAUGUGCUACAGUAUAUGUGAACUUCGCUAAAAGAAGUGGCUGCAGCUUGUUUUCACCUCCCAGUUUUCUACGACAUCAUCAUCUGUUACUGUUCCUGUUAUAACCAUUCUCAAGUUUCUACUUAAUUUUGUUCAGUAUCUGGUACGUCUAUUCAGCAAAAGUUGUUGUCGUCAAUGUACUACUCAGAGCACCUCUGUGCUCUGCGUGCAUUCUCUUGAUUGGCUAUGGAAAGACGCAAUGCGAGAUGUGAGGCGACAGAAAUAACCUAUCACAUGCAUAGUAGCGUGGACUCGCUCACACUGAAUUUUGUAGAUUGAUGGUCGCCAACCUGCAGAGCUUGAUAACUCAUAGUAAAACUUCUUCAACUGUUCGCAUCUACUUUGCGGC